AUGGAAUCAUUUAGAAAUACAUUAAGGAAUAAAUGGACUAAACAUGUUACAGCAAGAAGAAUAAGAAAUCUUUGGAAUGAAUAUACAAAAGUUGCUGAAAUAAAGGAUCCAAAUUUAGUUACAUUGAAACUAAAUAACUUUUUAGAUUCAUUCCAAGAGAGUUAUAAAGAACUGUUGGAUUCAGGACAGAUUAAAACGAUAGAUCUAGACAAGAUAUUCGGUGAUUGUUCAGAUAUUCUCGUGUCACUGCUUGACUUGGUAGAGAGAGAAUCAAAUAGAACCAUUAAGAGAGGUCAAUCCGCUGAAUCCGACGAAGAUCAAGAUAGUUUGAAAUAUGUAGUGGAACUAAUCAAUAAAUCAUUAGGUGUUGCUGAAUUAAUAUUACAUAUAUCGGUCUCUGAACACACCGAAGACGAUCUAUUGAAACUUAUCAACAUGAGAAAGUCAUUAUCAAUGUCAUCCAUUAGUGAAUUUGCAAGACAUAAAAUAGGUACUGUUGUUUCAGAAGGAUUCAAAGUGAUUGUAGGUGAAUUCCAAAAGGUAUUUUCACCGCAUGACUUUGAGACAACUCCAAGAAAAUUAUCAUUAGAGAAAUCAAAUAUUUACAAUGGCAAUGAUAUGGCAUUGGAUGAUUCGUUUAUUCCAAGUUUUGAAGUUAUCGAACAGGAGAUCAAAUCAUUGAAUAAUAUGAUCAAUGGAAUUAUUGAAAAUGGUGGUUUGAGUAAUAGUGGCAAUAGAAGUGUAACUGGAACUGGUAAUAGCAACAUUAUGAAUAAUAAUAAUAAUAAUAAUGAUGUUAAUAAUAGUAGCAAUAGCAAUAAUAACAAUAGUAAUAAUAAUAGUAAUGAUGGAGAGGAUGAUGAUUCUACUGUGGCGGUGUCGGUGGUAGCUGAUGAAUCGAAGCGAAACUCAAUCGAUCCAACAGAGGAAGAGAUUCUCAAGGAGUUCAUGCGUGUGCAGGGUGCACUGACGCUGCUUGCCGAUUCGAUUCAGGAGGCUGCACUCGUAGUACAGCUGGAUCUACUGGAGACCAUCAGCAAACUACUCUACAACAAUCAGAAGAAUCAGCAGGAGUUUCGUGCGAUGAAUGGCUACUCGAUAUUGAUUCACCUCUUUGACAAUGUACAUGACUUUAACACACCAGAAGGCAAAGACUUCUUGAACGAUUGCUUCUGUUUGAUCUUUGCAAUCAUUCUCGAUGGCAACAAAUCGAAACGAGUCAUGAACAUCGACGCACUCGAUUUCCUCUUUAGAAUCCUUUCAAACUCCAUACAGACCGAAGUUCGAUUGCAAACGAUGACAUGCAUACAAGAUCUAAUAUCUAUCAACCCGUUGAACAUCAUCAGCAUCAGACAUGUCGGUGCAAUCGAUAAGCUAUUUCAACUUGUUUUAGAUAUACAUGGUAACAAAGAGAAUGAAAAUGAAGAUUUAAAUGAUGAAAAGGAAUCAACGAAAUUGCUAUUGGCAACAAGUGAAUUGAUAUUGUAUUUGGGUGUGUUAUUUAGUAAACAUAAUACAGAGGUAUUCAGAAAAUAUGUUGAUCUUAUGCAUAAAUCAGAUCCACCAUUAACAGAUACAUUACAAUCAUUGAUGCUAUCUUCAUCCAUUACAUUAUUAUCAGAUACCAUCUAUCAUAAGACAUUAAUAGAAAAGAAUUUAUUAUCAGUUUUUAUAGAUAUCAUACAAAGAUAUCAGCGAGAGUUGAAAGAGUUAAAGAAUAAUAUUGAUAGAGAGCAAUUGGAGGAGGAUGAUAUUGAUAGUGAAUACGAUGAGAAGAUACAAACUUUAUCAGAGAAAUUACUAUUGAUUUUAGAAUUAAUUUUUAUGUAUAUUAAAUAUGUAGACGAUGAAACAACUAUUGAAUUUAUUUCGAAACCAGAAUCUAUAAAGUUGUUUGUUAGAUUGGCGAUGGAGGACAAUCAUUAUCUUGGCGGUAGUGAUGUGUCUGAUCUGUGUCUUUGGAUUGUUGUUACGAUGAUGUCGAUGGAUGCCAACUCCUACAGCUUUGCAACGGGCAGUAGUAAUAGCAGUAUCGGUGUGUUGAUUGCCAUGCUCGACGACCAGUCGUUCUCGAUGGACAAAAAGGAGAAGCUUUGCUAUUGCAUUGCCGACGUAAUGCGAUUGGUUCCGCCCGAUAAGAUGUCACUCAAGAUUAAAUUCCAAGAGUGCGGUGGUCUCAAUUCGCUGGUCGCCUGUGCACGCAACGCCAACGCCACACAAGGGCUGGUGUAUGCAUCGCUCGUUGCACUCUGUGAGGCUUGUCAUGGCUGCGAAGAGAACAAGUGUGUACUGGACAGCAGCGGCUACAUGGCGUUGUCGUCAGUGGUAAAGUCAUCGCAUGUCGUAAUCGAUCAGUAUCUCUUCCAGAUGUUUGUUGAGCUGGCGAUGAACAACGACGUCGUCAUUCGCUACGACAUUGACUAUCUCGAGCAGAUCUUCUCGCCGCGCGUCAAUCAUGUCAUACAAAACAUCAUACAACCGCAACCUCAAUACACUUCGAUCCUACCAUACUCGAAGCGUCAACUUGUCGAAGUUGCAUCGGCAACCAACAAUCUCAAGAAACAAAAGCAGCAACAACAACAACAACAGAUGACAUUAUUGGCAGGUGGUAAACCAUCUAUCAAUAUUCAAGGUGAAGUUCAACAACAGGAGCAACAGCUGUAUGGCGAUGAGAUUAACUUGGGUGAGGAUCUGGCUAUUGAUACCUCGCCAGUGUCAAGUCCAUCGACGACACCGGUUCACUCUUUGUCCAGCUCACAAAACGGACAUCUUCAAGCGAUGCAGCAGAUGACCAAUCAUAGUUCUUCGCAUCUCAGUUUGCCGUCGAUGCCGGCAUCGAUGAACAUCUCGCAUGUGCUCCAAGCAAAGACCGGUAUUGUUCGUGUUCCAAGCUUCCGUAAUCUCUUCAGCGGAACCAGAAGAAACAGUAUUGGUUCGUGGGCAGGUUCUUUCGAUGAUCUCUACGGUGUCUGUCAGGCCACAGUCAACUCUGACAACAUGUCAAACUUUAACAGCAACAACGUGCUCCUUACGGAAGCAUCACAAAUCAAAUACUAUCGUUCACAACUCUCUGUACAGGAAGACGACAAAGAAACACUCUAUUCCUACACUUUGUUGGGCAGAUCGAAACUACGUUCUCCAGAUGCCGCCCUGAUGCUCGUCGACCUGCUCCCACAGUCACCUACACACGUCCAGCAACACAACUUGAUCCUGCUCAUGAAGAUACUCGAAUCCAACCCACAAAACAAAAAGAUGUUAUGCGCUGCACAAGGAUUGAAAUUCCUGCUGUACCUCUCUCACCAGUCACCAGAGGAAACACAAUCCUACUACAGUCGUCUCAUUGUCAUCCUCGGUCUCUACGAUAUCAGUCCAUCUGAGGUACGUCUUCUCUUUGAUCUAGCAUGCUUCCCAUCGUUUGAAUCACAUCCACAAUUGUUACACCAUCACAACAAUAACCUAUCGUCUGCAUUGCAACAAGCUGCCAACAACAACAACAACAACAGCAACAACAGUAAUUUUGUAAACACUCCAUCUUCUACUCAUUCCGUUCAACGAAGAGAACGAAACAGAAAACAAGAGUUACAAAUGCAGGUUCUCUAUGUUAUCGGUACGCUGACAGAGAGAAAGGCACCACCUUUAUACUUUAACUUUGAUGGAUUCGAUAGCUAUAUCUCUGUUGGAACGAUCGAUAAAUUCCCAAGUCAGAGAAGUGGUUACACAUUCAGUUGUUGGCUGCGAACCAAUUACUUCCUCAGUGAUGAGGCCGGUCUGUUCAGCUGGCAAGACACCAACGAGAACAAUAUAUUCGAUGUCUACUUCAAGGCACUCGGCAAGCAUCCCGAAAACAAACGUUAUCUCUGCAUCCAAACGAGAAACUACCCUUCGCCUCCAGAGACAUUCUAUUUCGACAAGUUUGGAUUCGUCGAGUGUGGCGGCUGGCAUCACAUCGUGAUCACUCACAACAAACAAAAGAUCUCGUUGUACGUCGACGGCAAAUUCAUUCAGAACUACAGCACCGCCAACUACCCAAAGACCAUCACCAAGGAUAAGCCUAUCCAAGGUUGCAUCGGUCGUCGUCUCUAUAGCACCGUCGCCGCCAACAACAACAACAACAGCAACAACAAUAGCAGCAGCAAUCUCAGUCAGCUGAUUAGCCAGGCAUCGCAAACCAGUUUUAACUCUCUCAGCUCGAUGGACCAAGAAACUCUUUCGAGCUCACUCCGCGAGAUGAACGGCAAUGGCUACGAGAAAGGAUUCUUCUGCGGUCAAAUGGGAACGAUUCACUUUUUCGAAGGUAUCUGGGAAGCUCCUUCCUGCUACAAGGUAUACAGUAGAGGUAACCUCUAUAACAAUACCUACAAGACACUAGGAAUCGAGAAUAAAGAGUUCCUCGUCAUCAAGCCUGCUUCUUCGCCGUCGAACAUCAUCGAGCCAAUCAACACCACACUCUCCAUGUCUGGUGAAGUUUUCAUGCCACCAAUACCAAUUCACUCGCCACCAUCCUCACCAUCGAUACCAAGAAAUCUUUCAUUCCAAGGACAACUACCAUUGUCUUCACUCAGUGGCAAUAGUAAUAAUAACAACAAUGCUGUUGGUCCUAUCGCUUCUGGAGGAAGUGGAUCGAGUGCCGGUAACAGUGUCAACAGCGCAACAAGCAAUAUCUCACCAUCACGUGAUAGUCCAUUCCUUAUUUUCAAUAACCCAGAUCUUAUUACAACAUCGCCAAUCUCCAAAGACAAGGAGAGCAGCGGUUUGAAUCCGUUGGUAAAUUCAAGCGAUCAAAUUCUACAAGUUCCAAAAGAUGAAUCGCUCCUCAAGAAAUCAAUGUCCAACUUGGUGCCUAAUGAGACACAAGGUGCACUCAUUGAGUUCAUUGGUGUAAAUGUCCAUCAAACUCGUUGCUUGAAGGAUGUAAUCAAGGAAGUCGGUGGUAUUCAUUUGUGUUUGCCAUUCUUGGAUAUGGCGCCAGCUCAACAAGUUGCCGGUCUACGUAUUCUUGCGGGACUGCUUCACAAGAGUGAUUCCAACAAGGCACAAUUCCGUGAGCUGAAUGGUUUUGCAAUUCUCUAUCACCUGCUCCUAAGAUUCUCACCGUCGACUGCCAACCCACAUCCCUCUCUCAAUGCCGAGCUUACAAUGGAAUCGUUCGAGAUUCUCUUUGACUUGCUGUUGGACGGUAUGAAUAACCUGUCCGAUACCAAACAACUUUGGAGUCACGAUUAUACCAAUGGAGUGUACGAGAAAAUCCAUGCCAAAUCAAAGGUAUUGGAUAUCGUCUACGAGGAAAUGAGAAAAUGUCCAAGCUUACUGGAGAAUCUACGUUCGUUGGGUGGAUUCAAUAUUGUAUUCUCAUUGAUUGAGAUACCCAAUGAAGAUAUUAGAGUGACCGCUAUCAAACUGAUUGGUCUGCUGAUACAUUCAAACUCGAAGGCAGCAUCGCUCUUCAGAAGAAACAGUGGAUUCGAUUUGUUGGCCAUUCUACUGGCUAGAUAUCCACCUACACUGCCCGUCUGCAAAGCACUGACUGUGCUCAUGGUUGACGGCUACCGAUUCGAUCCGAAAUGCGUACCGGAAACCAAACAACGUUCUUCCAGUUGGAUAUCACUCGACUUCUUCACCAGAGACAAGAGUUCCGAUUCACUGUCGACUCUCACUCAAUCUCCUACGAUUCCAGCACUGGCUAUCUGCAAGCGUAUGAUCAUCCACGAUAUCUUUAAGAAGGCAUCGAAGAUCAUAAGAAUCAAAGAGGUUUGCAUCGAUCUCGAAGAACUCUACGUACAUAUCAUGGAUAGUGUACUGGAUUACUUUGAGAAAGAAUAUGUACUUCCAACCAACGAGUCUGCCGACAUCAUCGUUAAAAACCUUGUACUAUACUUCAAGACACUCGAAGACAUUGCAGUUCCACCCGAUAUCUCAAUGAGAAUACUCAAUACCAUCAAUCAACUAGCCGUUCACAACACCUCUGUCAUCAGAGCAACCAUGAAAUCCAAUGGUCUAUUUGAUCAUAGAGAUAUGUUAAUCAUUCAAUUAUUAAGAUGUGAUAUUAAAGGAGCAAUUAUGACAUUUGAUUUCGAAUGUGUUGUCGACCAGAAAGCAUUCAGAGAGACAAACAAUGGAUUGUUCAACAACGCAGACCACGAUUCCGGCGAAGUCGAAAUGCAACAGCAACAGCACGACGAUCUCAACGAUCCGAUCGGGUGUUUCAUCGAUACCUACUACCGAGACGAUUUCACACCGAAGCGUAUUGAGAUUGAAACUCGUAUCGCCAAGCUGAUGCAGCCCGUCGAGACAAAGUUCAACAGUCAGCAAGAGAAGCUGGUGAAGCUCAAGGAGAAGCGAAUCAAACAACGUAAAGACAAGCUACUCAAACAACACUCGACCAUUCAGAAACUACUGCAAGAGGUCGAAGAGAAACGUCGUGCCUGCGCCAACAAGAUGAUCGCCCAAUACAUCGCCAAAUCGAAAUCGAUACCGCAACACUCUAAAGAACGUCUGAAACUCGGCAAGGAACGCUGGGAGUUCUUCAAACAAAAACUCUGGGAUUCCGUUCUAUGGAUAAACGAACAACAACAACCAAACAACAACAAUACAAUUACACCAACCAAUUCAAUCAACAUUCCACCAACAACAACAACAUCAUCAUCAUCAUCAACAACAGCUAACGAUAAUUCCCCAUCAAAAACAAAUAUAACAACAAACGAAAUCAUCACAACAACAAAUGAAAAUAAUUAA